AUUUCCUGCUGUGUGUCAGAUGGUUUUGCACUCAGGCUUUAGUUCAGCUCAGUGUGAAGUGCUGCUAACUCCUCUGUUGUGUACUGAGUGUUUCCUGGUCUGUAAGCUUACCUGUGUCACCUGUGUAUCACCUCUGACUUCUGUCUCUCCGGUUCUGCCGUUUUUACUGGAUUGCUUUGAUCUUUUGCUGCUGUGUUUUUGAAGCUGGCCUGUUUACUGGAUUCUCCUGAUGUUCCUUUUGUUUUGGUUUCUGUGCUCUCUGGUUUUGACCUCGGCAUGUUCUGACCACACCCUUUGUGUUAAUCACAAACCCUCAAGUCUCCAUGUUGAAGGCCCCUCCGGUCCUCUGGUGGUCCCGCUGGGGGGCGCUGUGCUGCUGCCGUGUUCUGCUCAGGACCCCCUCCCUCUGGAGGGUCUCAGAGUGGAAUGGAGCAGAACAGACUCAGAGUCUGUAGUGAACGUUUUCCAGCAGAAAGAAAUCAGAGCAGAGCUGCAGAGUCAGAGCUUCAGGGGCCGAGCCGACUUCUUCCCAGAGGAGAUAUCGAGAGGGAACUUCUCCAUCUUACUCAGUGACGUCACACCAGAAGAUGCUGGAGUUUACAGGUGUGGAGUUUCCUCCAGUCAGGACUACAGAGAGACCACAGUGGAGAUUAAACUGAGUGAGCGGUUGGUGGUGAGGGGAGCGCUCCACCCCAUCUUCACCUCAGUGGGUGAGGAGGUGAUACUGAGCUGCUCUGUAGACUCACAGAUUCCAGUCCACCAGCUGGAGGAAGUGACCUGGAAAAAAUACCCAGACAUCCCAGUUCUGCUCUUUCAAGAAAACCAGACCUUCUCAGAGUUUUCUCACGAGAGCUAUCGAGAACGAGCCGAGUUCUUCACGACUGAAAUCCCUCGAGGAAACUUCUCACUGAGGCUGAAGGACGUUAGGAUGGAAGAUAAAGGACAAUUCAUCUGUGAAGUCCACACUGCUGACCUUUCAGGACAGACCACAGUGAUCAUCCAGCAAAUAGGUUUCUCUUCUGUCCAGAUUUGCAUCCUUCUGCUGUGUUUCACUUCACUAACACUCGCUGUCGGACUCGGAGCUCCAGUUUUUAUCUUUCUACACAAACGAGAAACAGACAGACGAGCGAUGAUCAUGUAUAUUUUUCUGGCCUUUUCUCCGAACAUUUGCAUGUUCAUUGCUUUUGGACUGUGGUCAACAGAAGGAUUUCUCAGUGAGGUCAUCAUAUGUUCAGCUGUCAGUCUCGCUCGCUGUCUGAUGUUGAUGAAGACUGCUCCUUAUCUCAACACACUUCCAGAGCGCUGGGUGAGAGAAGUGAAGACUCUAAGUGCUCCACUUUAUUACACAAUCAUAGCAACUGUUGUUUUCUCAGUUGAGUUUGCUAAUCGAACAGGAAUACAGUAUUAUUUCUAUAAUAGGGAUUUACGCCUUGCGGAAAGAAGUAUAUUAGUGAUGGCUGCAGCAGUGUAUGGAAUUGGGUCGAUCAUUUCAGCUAGAUUCUCACUGCGGAUAUGUUCGUUUCUGUGCCUGGAAGUUUACAACUGUGCCCUGUUGAUUGUUUUUAUUCAUGAUGAGUCUGACACACCAGAUAUUUACAAUAUGAUAUCAGGAGUAUUCAUGGUGAUGCUUCUGCUUCUCUCACUACAAAGGCACUGCUUUCAGCAGAAACCGUUUAAAUGUCUGCAUAUUGGUGUCUCGUUUUUUCCUGUAGCUGCAGCCUGCUUGCUUCAUGCUUCAGUUUUUGCUUGUUUUGGGAUUAGAAUGAAAAAUUUUGCCCAUGUGUGGACGCUUCCAUUCACUGCAGUAAUGUAUGUCACUGUGUGGAUAGCAGUGGUUUUUGUGAUGCGCCGCCAGCACGAAAAUAAAAAACCAAGAUGCUCUAAAUGGAGAGGAACAGGAUAUGUGUGCUGUGCUGUCGGUGUAUCAAUAACUGUCACUAUAAACGGGAUUAUCUAUCUACAUUUUCUAAGAAAACACAUGACUGCUAAAGAUUAUUCCGGAUACUCAGCUUUAAUGGUUUUGCUGCAUGUUUUGCCUCCUGCAGUUCUCUUUGAUCACCCAAGAAACAUUCCGAAGCUUCCUCACAUCAUUCUUCACCUGUUUGGAUCUUCAGGAUUAAGUGUUGUAACGUCCCUCACUCUGGCCUUGGAACUGAUCUUAAAAUCAGGAACCGGAGAACCGAGAACUCUGCCUGAAAUGCACAUCAUCAUCCUGCCCUUUGAAUCACUCUUCAUUUCUGGUUGGAUUGCUUUACAAAUCUAUGACACCUGGAUGAGGAUGAGACGCAGAAUAAAGAGUAACUUUGAAGCUGGAGGGGAAGCAGAUCUUCAGGUUGGUGAAGAUGGUGAAGAAAUGGAGGUUCUGUCUUCUCUGUCUAAAAGUCCUGAGUGCUGAGGAUCGUUCAGUACUGUAGAAGAACAUGUUCCACUGCUGGAGAUCUGAACAAUCUGAAUACAGUCUCACUGAU